GGGCUCGGCGGAUAUGGAGCCUGGCGUUGAGGAGCGCGCGGCUCGCGAGGCUGCCGUCAUCGGCAAGGCGCCGCUGUUUGUCAGGGCAGGAGGCCAGCAGCUCCGAGCUGGCCUUGUCUUGCUCGGCUGCAAUGGCAAUACUUGGAGCAGGAGCAUUGAGGUCAUUGAAGCCUUCUUCAAGGCGUACGACUACUGGCCCGACGUUGUGGCGCUGCAGGAGACGAGGCUCCCGCAUGAGCGCCUGCCCAGUGCGGCGGCUCAGGCCCGAGGCCUGGGGUACGCGGCCUUCCUACACGCGGCAGUGUUGACGGAGAAGCAGGGGCCCCUGGCGACCUCAGGCGGCGUGGCAAUCCUGGUGCGGGACGGCUUGCAGGCCGAUGAGUCUGCGGCCCCGCUGCCCUCGGCUUUGCGGCACCGCCUCAUCGGAGUGGAGAUUGCCGCCGCUUCGGGCCUUCGGCUUCUGGUGCUCGCUGGUUAUUUUCAGCACUCUCUGGGUCCUCGAGGCACCAACCUGGACUUGUUUUCGGCUAUCUCCGAGGUGACGGGCUCCUCUGCAGACAUCCCGUGGGUCCUUCAAGCGGACUUCAACAUGGAGCCCGAGCCCCUGGAGGAGUUGGGGUGGCCCGCGGCGGUGCGGGGGCACGUCCUGGGGCCCUCGGAGGCGACGUGCCAUGCCGAGGGCUGUGACCACCUCUACGACUGGUUCGUGGCUUCUGCGGCGUUGGCUGCCUGCACGGCCUCCUGCGCCACCACGCUCGAGGGCUUUGGUCUGCACCCUCAUCGCCCUGUCCUACUUCGCCUACAGGAUGUUCGGGCAGAUGCGUUGGUUGAGGUUCCGUCCAGGCCCGCCCGCUUCCCCGAAGUAGCCCCUGAGCUCCUUCGGGCACACGAGGACGCGGAGAUUGUGCGUUACUCGGUUGGCAAGAAAGGGCAGGUCACGUCCAGGGAGGUCUCGUGGUCCUGGGACGCGGGCUCCACUCCGACCAACCUCUCCGUUGCCUUCGGCGAGUGGGCGGCGGCCGCAGAAGGCACCCUGGUCGGCAUCCACGGCAUCGGCCAGGCUGACCUGGCCCGUCAUCUCGGAAGAGGAGAGGGGCCGAGGCUGACCCUCAAGCCUCUCAGCGCCCUUGUCAGGCGUGACGCCAGGUUCAGGUUCAGCCUCCUCACGCACCGCCUAAGGAGUUGCCUGGACGUGGCCCUCCAGCGGGUGCGCGCAGAGAGCACUGGCCGAUGGCACCCUCGGCAUGCGGACUGGCACGGGCACCAGGCCGAGCUCAGGGCGCAGCUCUUGCUGGAGGCGGUGCAGGAGGCGGACGACUCGGUCGGUCAGGGUCUUCCUGGUGCUGCUCCUGAGCGGUUGGGCGACCUGGUGUACCAGGCGGGCGUCCUGGCAGCCCUGAGGCAGUUCGGGACCUCCAAGGGCUGCUCAGUGCUUCGCAGCGCCGUGAUGCGGCUCAAAGCGCCCAGGAGGCUCGUUGGUAUGGCAGCGAUUGGUGAACUCACGAGUGUCUGGCAGAAGCUGUGGCUCCAGGACGGGUUUGCCUCGGGCGCAGGGGCCAGCAGCUGGGACGUGGGCGAGUGGCAGCUGCCCCCCACCUCGCUGGAGCAGCUCCAGGCAGCCUGCAAACGCUACAGCCCCUCGGUGGGCCUCGGGUGCGACUCCCUGCACCCUCGGCAGAUCCUCCUUCUGCCAGUGGCGCUGCAGCUGCGCAUCCUGGACAUCCUGGCGGCCUACGACGAGGCCGCGAGCCUCUUCCUGGACAUCAGCAAGUUCUACGAGCACGUGCGGCACGACGUUCUCUGGGCGAAUGCGGUACGUUUCGGGUUCAACCUCAGGUUGCUGCGUGGCCUCCUCACGUCCUACCAGGCCCCUAGGAUGAUCCUCGCGGCGGGCAUGGCCUCCCCCGCCUUCGGCACUACGGGAACGGUGUUGGCGGGGUGUGCAUGUGCGACAGCAGUUGCGAAGCUCCCAGUACUGGGAGCCCUCCUGGCAGCGGGGGCGACGAGCCCGCUGGUCACGCCGAGGAAUGUGGUCGACGACAUUUCGCUCCAGGCGGUCGGCACGGCUCGGCUCGUGAAGCUGCAGAUGGUGGCCGCCAGUUGUGAAGUGAUCCGCCAGCUGCGUGAGCAGCACCUCCCACUCAACGAGAGUAAGUCGGUCUUCCUGGCCUCGUCGCCACAGCUCGCCAAGGAGCUCUCCGAGGCCUGGGCGGUGCAUGGCUUUACCUUCAAGAGGGGACUCCAGGCGAGGAACCUCGGCACCGACGCCAACAUCACCCGCCGUGGAGUUCAUGAAGGAGCUGUGCGUGCGGUCGGCGGCCUUCGCCGAGGACGCAGGCUAGGGGUGCUUCGCUCAGCUGGCGCGGCGACCGAGAUGGUCCAUCGUGCUGGGCCCGCCGCGGCGAUGCUGUGGGGGCGCACUGUGACUGGUGUUCCUGAUAGGGAGCUGCAUUCGUGGCGCUUGGCGGCGGUGCGCUCAGCUGGGAAGUUCCCUAAGGGGGCCUCGCUCGGGUUGAGACUCAGAGUGGUGGAGGUCAUGAAGUCCAUCGACCUUGACCCGAGCCCCGCGCUGCUUCGUGCCGCGGUGCAGAUGGCGGCCAGUCUCCUCCAGUCGGGGGAGGUCCCGCUGCGUAUGUUCGAGUCGGCCGUGCAGGAGGCAGUGCAGAGGCACGCGGGAGCAGCAGCCCCUUGGGCGCACUGCCGCACGCCGGUGGAUGCCCUGGCCCUCUCGCUCUCCAGGGUGGGCUGGAGGCUUGUUCAAGGAGCCCGCCUCGCAACCGACGACGGCCAUCUCCUGGACCUGCGCAUGUUGGGGCCGCGCGAGCUGGGCAUGCUGGCUGCGGCAGGGGCACGGCGAGCGUCGGACAAGUCGGAGCUGGCCCGCCUCGGCCACGGUGCGCUCCCCCAGUCGGCCCUGUUCUGGGAGGCCUUCGCGGAGGUCCUCGGGCCUGGCAGCAAGCUCAGCCACAGGGAGAAGGCGGCUGUGGUGAGCUUCCUUUCCAACGCCCACUGGCCCCAGACCCGUCUGCACUCGGCGGGAGAGAGGGAGCACGCUCGCUGCUGUGCCUGUGAGGCCCCCCGCGGCAGCCUCUGGCACAGGCUGUUCGAGUGUCCUGUCCUUGCGGGGGCCAGGUCGGACGCCAUGGCAGUCAUGUGGUGCAAUCGCCCCGCCGACGGUCUUCUCGGGGGGCGGCUCUACCUGGAUGGGUCGGCGCUCGACCCCGAGCACGAGAGCCUGCGGCGUGCGGGCUGGAGCAUCGUGCAGUGCGACUCCGACGGCAACAUGGAGUGCGCGGUGUACGGCAGCGUGCGCCAGGACCUCUGCCCGUUCCAGACGGCGAAGGACGGCGAGGAUUUCGCGGUCUGGAUGCUGUCUCGCUUUCUGGGCCCGAGCGUUGACGAGAUCCUCAUCGAUUGUGCGUCCACGGUCAGCUGCCUCACGUUGGGUAAGAAGUACGCGACGGCAGCCAACAAGCCCAACGCCUAUCUCUGGGAGGGGAUCUACGCGUCGCUGGACGUGGACACGCUCAAGGUGACCAAAGUGGCAGCCCACUGCACCGCCAGAGACGUGAUGGAUGGCAAGAUCACGGAGGCGGACCUCCGUGGCAACGGACAUGCAGACCGCUGGGCCAAGGCGGGGGCGGAGCUCCACCGUACCAGCCCAGUGGCCAGGCGCGAGUUCUUUGGCACGAUGGAGGUGGUGAGGGAGCUCUCUUGCUGGGUGGCGCAAGCCUCCCUCAUCUGGCAGGGGAUCGAGGUCAAGGAUUGCGAGGGCCUCCCCGAGGGCAGCGAGCGGGCGGCCGUCUCCUUCGCUGUGCCAGUGGUGGAGCCCGCCAGCAGCCGCCCGCCCGACCUGGGUUCGGGCGACGGGUGGGCAUCGGCGGCGCGCGCUG